GGUUUAGGUGCCAUAGGUUGCAGUAAAUACCUCAGUGCCUUUCUUCGGAACAUGCAGUAGUGGUAAGGUACUCAGAGAGAGACAGUCCAUGGAUAAUCAGUAACAGCUUCCACAGAGGAGACUGAAUGAGAAGGAAUACUCAACGGCUAUAUUGACAAUUUCUGAGUCCAGUGAAAUUUACAAGAAGCCGCUAUGAAGCUGAAGUUGCCAAACCCAGGAUUGGAUAACCGGAUUCCCUCUCAUGAGGACCUGGAGAGGAUGGAGCAGGAGGAGGCGGGAGAUAGGCCCAAAUGGGACAACAAAGCCCAGUAUCUGCUCACCUGUGUGGGUUUCUGUGUGGGACUUGGCAAUGUUUGGCGGUUCCCUUACCUGUGUCAAAGCCAUGGAGGAGGAGCGUUUAUGAUCCCAUUCCUUAUCCUGGUGGUCCUGGAGGGAAUCCCACUGCUGCACCUGGAGUUUGCCAUCGGUCAGCGUCUGAGGAAGGGCAAUGUGGGAGUGUGGAGAUCAAUCAAUCCAUACUUGGGUGGAGUCGGCAUUGCGUCCUUGCUUGUCUCAUGUUUUGUGGGUUUGUACUACAACACCAUCAUGGCGUGGAUCAUGUGGUAUCUCUACAACUCUUUUCAAGAUCCUCUGCCUUGGAGCCAGUGUCCUCUCAAUGCUAACAGGACAGGUGUAGUGGAGGAGUGUGCUCGGAGCAGCAGUGUCGACUACUUUUGGUACAGAGAAACUCUUAACACCUCAACAGCUAUCGACGAGUCUGGAGGCCUACAGUGGUGGAUGGUGCUAGCCCUGCUGUCUGCCUGGACUGUGCUCUAUGUCUGCUGCAUCCGGGGCAUUGAGACCACAGGAAAGGCUGUGUACAUCACAUCCACUCUGCCAUACGUGGUCCUUACAAUCUUCCUUAUCAGAGGACUGACUUUGAAAGGAUCGGUAGAUGGAAUCAAGUUCCUCUUCACACCAGAUGUAAAUGAAUUAAUGAAUCCAGCGACCUGGUUGGACGCAGGUGCUCAAGUUUUCUAUUCCUUCUCUCUGGCCUUUGGAGGACUCAUCUCAUUCUCCAGUUACAACUCUGUUCACAACAACUGUGAGCAGGAUGCCGUUCUCAUUGCCAUCAUCAAUGGCUGCACCUCAGUGUACUCUGCCACAGUUAUCUACUCCAUCAUCGGCUUCAGGGCCACGCAAAAAUUUGACGACUGCAUAGCAAACAACAUCUUGAAGCUGAUAAAUGCCUACAACUAUCCUGAAAACAGCAUCACAGAAAGCAACUACAAUGAGGUUCUGGUCUACCUCAACCAGACAACUCCAGAUAUCCUUCAAGGAUUACAAUUACAGAUCUGUGACAUACAGACUUUCCUCAGUCAGGGCGUAGAGGGAACAGGACUAGCCUUCAUCGUGUUCACAGAAGCCAUCAUCAAAAUGCCUGUUUCUCCUUUGUGGGCUGUCCUCUUCUUCGUCAUGCUCUUCUGCCUCGGCCUCUCGACUAUGUUCGGGAACAUGGAGGGAGUGGUGGUCCCUUUGCAGGACCUAAAAUUGCUGCCUCAAUCUUGGCCCAAAGAAGUUUUCUGUGGUCUGACUUGCUUAAUCUCUUUCACUCUUGGGCUGAUCUUUACAAUGCGCUCUGGAAACUACUGGCUAGCUCUUUUUGACAAUUUUGCUGGCUCUAUCCCUCUUCUGGUCAUCGGAUUAUCUGAAAUGAUAGCUGUUAUAUACGUCUAUGGCAUAGAUAGGUUUAACAAGGACAUAGAGUUUAUGAUCGGCCACAAGCCCAAUAUCUUCUGGCAGGUGACAUGGAGGGUUGUCAGUCCACUCAUUAUGGUCGUCAUCUUGGUUUUCUACUUUGUAACCCAAAUCACCAAUAAUCUCACUUAUUUGGUGUGGGACGAGGAGUCGGCGAGCUUUCCCAUCCUCGAACCACGUCCGUUUCCUUCCUGGAUCAACGUCAUCAUCUUCAUCCUGGCUGGAGUUCCCAGUUUAGCCAUUCCACUGGUCGCCCUCUUCAAAUUCAUUCAGAAGAAAUGCUGCAAGCAGAAAGACAACAGUUUCGACACAGUGGACACUAUCUCUGCCAAAAUACAAAUGAACGACAAAAUGAAGUUUUAGAUAGCUUUUGCUUAUAUUUAAUAACUAAAUAUUUAAUAAUAAAAUAUAGAUAUGAAAUAAAAUAUGGACUUGUUUUAUUGUUGUUUGUAUGAAAUGCUAACGCCUUUUUCUCUCCCCUUGUACAAUGACAGAACAUUAGUGACUAAUGGCUUUUAUCUGUGAAAAAUAUUUUCUGUAAAAUAAUGUCAUUUUGAAGAUGAGAUUGUUGUUUGCUUCACUUGCUGUACUAUUGUGAUAUGAGUCUCUUGCUGUGCCAUGUUUAACAUGUGUGUGUAUGUUGCAAGGUUUUCCAACUGUACCGUAUCCGGGAUUGUUCUGUUUAAAAAGAAAAGCAAUGACCAUCACCGAAUCAACGCGGGAUGUGGUUUGUCCCGUAUUUUUGUGCACACCCUAUUCUAAUGCUUACACUACGUUUACAAAUGUUGGAAAAGACAUGAGAAUUAAUAAAACUACAAGAGUUUCACAAGACAUAGUGGAGAAGUAUUAAAUCAGUAUUCACGGAAGAGUCUGUCACUCAAUGUCAUUGUUGGCCCGGUUACAGAGAUUCAGACGGGCCUUUUUUUUAACAAAAAGGUCUGCCUGUAA